AUGUCAUUCUCAAAGUGCUGCAUCCAAGGCUUCUCAUGGCAAGGCACACCGACGGGGCGCACCGAUAAACUAUCCAACAACGAUGUCUACAUCACGGGCGACAAAGCCGACGUGGCGAUCCUGUUCAUCGCCGACCUCUUUGGCUGGACAUUCCCCAACGUCCGCCUCAUUGCAGACCACUAUGCCCGCGAAGUCGGCGCAACAGUCUUCGUGCCCGACUUCUUCGGCGGGGAGGUUCUAGAUUUCGAUCUCGUUGCCGCAGAGAAAUUCGAUCAGAUCGAUCUGCCCGGGUUCAUUGGGCGCAAUGGUCGGGAUCAGCGCGAGUCGGAGAUUUUCGACUGUGCACGCGCUCUGAAGCAGGAACUGGGGUAUAAGAAAGUCGGGGCUGUAGGAUACUGCUACGGCGGAUGGGCAUCAUUUCGCCUCGGCGCAAAGGAACAUGCAUCUGCGCCGUUGGUGGAUUGUAUCGCCGUCGGUCAUCCGUCUCUGCUCACGAAGAAGGACAUCGAUGAAGUGGCUGUUCCCGUGCAAAUGCUGGCGCCGGAGAUUGAUCAGGCGUAUCCGUUGGAGCUGAAGUUGCAUACCUUUGAGACGCUGCAGCGGUUGAAUGUGCCGUUUGAUUAUCAGCAUUUCCCCGGCGUCGUGCAUGCGUGCUUUGUGCGUGGCGAUGAGAAUAAGCCAGGUGAGCGGGCGGCGAUGGAGAGAGGGAAGAAUGCGGUUGUUGGGUGGCUCCGACAGUUUUUGAAAGACACCUGA